AUGGCCGAGCAAGAUGUUCCAGCAAGCCCCUCUGGGGUCCCAGAGGAGGACGCGAACCCGCCAGCUCCAAACCCCAAUGCUCCGCCAAGACAGCGCCGCAGCCGGGCCAUCACGGCAUGUAACGCCUGCCGGACGAGGAGGACGAGAUGCGAUCGGCGCAGCCCCGCUUGUGGCUUCUGUCGCACCCGCGGACUCGAUUGCCAAUACGAGCAAAGCCAGACCAGCGCCGCGUCUAGAGUGGAGGCAGAGCUUGCCGCCAUCAACCGCCGGCUGGACUACAUCGCUAGCUCCUUGCAGGCAACGCAUCCAACGCACCCGCACCCGCAUUAUCAACAUCCCCAACAGCUUUCCCCGGUCGUGGACGCGGAGAAUCAAGAUCAUGCCGAUAGCCAUGCGUCUCAUGCCGUGACAGGGGUCGAAAGAUCGCCCUUCCAGCUGCUAGUGACCGACUGCAUGAUGGAGGUGCUCGGUCUCGGCCCCGGAUUUGCGCGGGAUCUCGUGCGGCUCGAGCGAGCCAUCACGCCACCGCAUGCACGAAUCGGCCUCGCGGCGCGCCUGUGCUUUCUACCGCAGCAGCAAGCGCUCGCCGCGCUCGAUGCCUUCUCCGCCCACGUCCACAUCUGGUACCCGAUCCUCCGCCCGGGCUUCACGGAGCGCUACGUUAGCGUGCUCUCAGGACCGCUGGCGCCCGGUCCGGAGUCUUGCUUGGUGCUGUCGGUGGCGGCGGUGGGUGCCCUCGCUCUGGAAGACGAGGUGGUGCGAACAGGGGCACCAUCACCAUCAUACCCCGAAAAGAACAGCGAGCUCUAUCUGGAAGCCGCCACUGCGUCGCUGCCGGCUGUGCUCACCGAUGAGAGCAUCGAGAGUAUCCAGGCGCUGGUGCUGCUGAGCAUCUACCACUGCUGCCUUUCCAGGCCUUGCCAGGCUUAUGACUACGCCAUGAAUGCCUCCUUCAAGGUGCAGAACUUGCUCAAAUGCGUGCAUGAGGUGGGAAAGGAGGACGAACUCUACGAGCAGGCAAAGAGGUGUUAUUGGGCCGUCCUCCUGCUAGAGAGCGAGCUGCGCGACCAGCUCGAAAUGGUCGACAGCGGCAUCUGGAACUGCGACGACAAGGUCGACUUGCCCGACAGCCGCCGUUCAUGGCACUUUGAUCUCGAUGCCGGCUCUCCGGGCACAACAACAGCCUCCUCUCCCGGCAGCAUCAUCAGCCGAGCAUCGGCAGACGGGGGCGCCCAUGCUUCGGACAGGGUCCAGGCAUACUUCCUAGCCGAGAUUGCCAUGAGGCGCAUGCUCCAUCGCUGCUACACGGCCAUCCGCAGGACGCCGCACGGCGACAUCGUCUACGCGCCAGCCAUCGCGCUCGAGCUCGAAACGCAGCUCGACGAAUGGCAGAGCUACCUGCCCGACGCCGUCCAUUUCCGCCACCUGGCUGCCCCGGAGCCUCUGAGCAACUUCCUCCGAGUGCAGUACUACUGCUGCAAGAUGUCCAUCUACUGGCCGGCCGUGUAUCAGUGCAUCCAGGACGGCGGCGCCACCACCCCCGAGAUCCUCGAGCACUGCGAGAGGUUCUUUCACGCGUAUAUGCAGUCCAUUCCCAGCUUGUUGACGGCCGUCCGCGACUGCAUCGUCAACCGCUGGACGCUCUACGCCACUAUCUUCACCACCUCGAUGGCGGUCCUCCAGGCCGCUGCGACACCCUGUCUGCGGACCGGCUGUGCUGUCGACUGGGCUCACCUCCUGGCCUGCCUGCGGUCGACAAGGACGGUAGACGUCCGCAUCGUGCAGGCCAGCCCCUCGUUAUCCCUGUUGCACCGCACGCUCGCCGAUCGGCUGGCAGACGUGUGCCCUGACGACGCUACUAUUACAGCUCCAGCCCAUCCCAUACCGUGA